AUGGCCACCGCUGCAGACGACAACGGCCUCUCAGCGCUCGCUUCGCACAUCCAAGCCGCACAACCGCGCCGCCCGCCGCCCGCGCCGCAGACGACCGCGCACCAUGCGCUCGCGCUGCAGAUCCAGCACAACCUGCGGCACCAGCACCAGUGGACCGCGCUGCAGCUACACACGCACUCGCCCCUACCGCCCCAUGCACCGCUCCCGCGCCCGCUCAUCUCCGGCCUGCCGCCGCGCCGCCUGUACGUACACCCGGACGAGCAGAUGGAGCUAUUGAAGGAAGAAGCGCGCCGGAAGAAGAGGGGCGAGGCGGUCGUGGAGCCGGUGCCGGAGCGCGAGUGGGUGCUGCCGAGCCACCUGCGCGAGAAGUGGAGCUUGCGGCGCAUGGGCGACGUGUUUGAUGCCGUUGGAGACAUCCCGCCGACGGUUGAGGGCGGCAUUGAGCGCGACGGCGCGGAGCAGCCGAACAAGUGGAGGACUACUAAAAGGGUCAUGCUGGGCAUUCUGGAGGAUGAUAGCACGGUCGUGUACUAUCUCGUCCACGAUGGCCUGGUCAAGCCAAGGCAGAACUGA